AUGACAGUUAAUACAACAGCUGCAGCCAUGGCUAAUGCGAGCUUUCCAGGAUUCGAAGACACUCUUCCUAAAAAGAUCAUCAARGUAAWGAUGUACUGCAUCCUACUUGUAGUCUCAUUCACUGGUAACCUGCUUAUUGUCUGGGCAACAAGUAGAGACAUUCGACUGAGAAAUACGACCAAUAUUCUGAUUGCCAACAUGGCGGUCAGUGACCUUCUCGUUCCUUUAUUCGCGAUACCAAGAUAUAUCGUAUAUAUCAUCUUCGAUAGACCUAUUUGGCUGAUUGAUGGUAACUUUGGACUUGCUCUUUGUAAGCUAACAACUUAUCUCCAAGACGUUUCUUUGAGUGUUUCGAUUUACAGCUGUGUGUUUCUUGCUCUCGAUCGCUUCUACGCUGUAGUUCAUCCACUCAGAGGAGGAAGAUUUCGCACUAAUUCUUUUUCUCUUGAGAAUGUGGCACCAGUUGAACAGGGAGAAGUCAAURUGAAUGCGAUUAAUGAACUUAAUUAA